ACUUCCACAGGGGCCUGUCCCAUCUGUGUGUCAGAAAACUGUACUUUUAGGAGAGAGGUUCUUGCACUGACGGCGUCGGUUCAAAGCUACCCAGCACACCUCUCCCAGGAGAGCGGCCCCACCAUGCAGGGCUGUGAGCUGGACACUGGGCCUAGAGGCCCUCCAGGUGGCCCAAGGUCCGCUCUUCCUAGACUCCUGGGGCCGGCAGGAGCCUGGAGUCACGUCUCCUCUGGCCACCACGCCAGGCUUUGCGUCCAAGGCCUGAGACUCAGGUCCCUAGAAGCGGCCCUCACAGGCUCAUAUUUGAUGCUUACAUUCUUUUAAAAAACUUUUGGUGUAUACUUGGACAAUUUACAAGCCCUUGGGGCAACUUUGGGAGGUAUAUGUGAUACUGGUAAGUUUGUUAAAAGCAUUUGCUAACCCGAGUUCUUCGGAGGGUCAGCACAUGGGUGACAGUGGGAGAAAGUUGUCCUUGCUCUUCUGCUAGUGACAGCCAUCCUGCUUUGCUCACCUGUGAUCUCCGGGCCAGGUCCAGGCCAAACGGAGGAAGCAGCGGGUCCCAACAGUGCCACACCUGAGCCUGGUGGCCCCUCCUCCCUCCCACGCUGCCCCCCGCCCCAAUCCUGCCUCCCUCCAGCUGGACAUCCUCCCAGGGCCCACGUAUGUCGUCCCAAGAUAGCUAAGGCCACUCACCUCAUGGUCACAGCCUAGGGGAAUUGCCUGGUCCAGGCUACAAAUGUCGAGGCUGCCAGGAGAGCAAGCACGGGGGGGUGGCCAACAGCACAGAGUGGAGCCAGGCAUCCCCAAGGCCCGAGGCUGCCUGGGCACAGCUUCCUCACCACCUGCCUCUGCGACUUCUCUUGAGGCCCAGCAGAGAAAGCAGGAAUUUGGAUUUUUUAGCUGAGAUCAUCUCUUGGGUUCAUUAGUUGCUUAGGGAAAGUUAAAGGCAUGUGGCCAGCUGUAGGUACACCCUGGGACAGUGGGCGGGGCUCCUGAGCUUCCCACCUCCCAGGCCGCAGCUGCUCCCUUCGGGCCUGUGGCCCCUGGCGGGUCAGGAGUGCUGGUGGCCAGAAGCAAGAGUUGGUGUGAAGGAGGCUGUUUCCGCAGCGUCCAGGCCUGAUACAAGAGGCAGCCCUGAGCCUGGCACUCUGGAAGCCUGCAAGAAACAGCUGGACCUGCAGGUCCGCCAUGUGGCCCCCGGUGUGGGACAGCCUGGGUUCCCCCUCGCCAUCCACCCCAGGCCAGUGCCCCUGUUACUGCCUCCCUCAGCCUUGGCCCUGCCCUCAGCACCCUGGCCUCCAUCCCGGGACCCUGCUGCCGGGCCCUGUCCACCUGCUCAGGGCCUGUCCAGGCACCCCACCAUGUGAGCUGACAGACCCCUAGCCACCACCACAGCCCCUCUGCAGCCCCAACAAUGCCGUGGACUUUGGCCUGGGUGGUCAGCAGACGCCUGUGUGGCCCACAGGGUGGGGACAGAGGCGGGGCUGGCGCCAGAAGGGUUUUUGCCUUUUGGGCCAGGUGUUCUGCUGUGCCUCCCCUAUUGGCAGCUGUGAGCCUAGGAGGUGGGUGCGGAGCCGGCUGGAGCGGGUCGGCCACUGGGUUCCCCUGUGGGCAUCCACGUUGUCCUUGCCAUAAAACUCCUCGCUCCUCAGACCCCUCGGGCCUGGCCUGGUGGAUCUCAGAGCCUCCUGCCUGUGUGUCUAGGUGGCCCAGGCCUUCUCACCACAACUCUUAAGCCUCUCCAUGCUGGACACCUGCCAAGGAGGGUGCCCCUCACCCCCCAGGCCCUGCUUCUUGCUGUCAGCCCCCAGCAGGCUCUAGGGGUGUGGCUAUGUGUGUGUCUCCCUGAGUGUAUGUGGGUGUAUGUGAAUUGGUGUGGGGACAUGGGUGAGGGGUGGGAGCUGUUAGUGUGGGGCUGUGGUAGGGGUGUUGUGAGUCUGCAUUUGUUUGUGUGUGUGUGUGUGUGUGUGUGUAGUGGGGCUGCGUAAACACCUGUGUGUAGGGGGGCCUUUGCCUCGACUUACUUUGCUCUUCCUGGGGUGGGCUGCACAGGUCGGCGCUGUACCCGGCCUCCCUUCCUGAAAGCCCGGGCUUCCGGUGGGCAGUGGCUGGUUCUGAUUCCCACACCCUGCACCGUUUCCCUGGGCUCCUGGCUUUGCUCAGAGUCAACACUGAUGUUCUCGCUUUUUCCAGGAAAGGUGAAGCAUGUGAACAGUGGCUGGGGUCACCUCCUGGUCACCUCAAGGCCUAGCUGCCCCUGGCACUCUAACGCUUUGUGUCGUCCUCUUCUUUUGUUAAUUAGGGGAGAGGUGGACAGGAAGGAGGCCUGGGCUUUCCUGGGAGGAGCUGUGCUCAGGGCUGUGCAGGAUGCAGAGCCAGAGCUGUCACCAGAGGAACAGCGCGUCCUGGAAAGGAAACUGAAGAAGGAACGGAAGAAAAAGGAGCGGCAGCGUCUGCGGGAAGCGGGCGUCGUGGCUCAGCAGCCACCAGCCCGACGCUCGGGGGCCGAGCUGGCCCUGGACUACCUCUGCGGAUGGGCCCAAAAGCAUGAGAACUGGAGGUUUCAGAAGACGAGGCAGACAUGGCUCCUGCUCCACAUGUAUGACAGUGACAAGGUUCCCGAUGAGCACUUCUCCACCCUGCUAGCCUACCUGGAGGGGUUGCGGGGCCAGGCCCGCGAGCUGACGGUGCAGAAGGCAGAAGCCCUGAUGCGGGAGCUGGACGAGGAGGGUGUGGGUGACCCCGACCCCCUCCUGCCAGGGAGGGCCCAGCGCAUCCGCCAGGUGCUGCAAAUGCUGUCCUAGUGGGUUCAGCGCCAGGCGGGGCCACAGCCCAGCGCAGGGCAGCCUCGGGCCACACAGGGUGCCACUGCCCACCUCCUCCAGGAUGGGGGCUGAGAUCACCAGCAGGGCAGUGGCCGGACAAGGGCGUCCAGGUUCUAGGCUGGGUCCCUCCCCAGCACCACAGCCUUGCAAGGACCCCCGCUUCCUCCACACCCUUCUUGGCCAGGGACAGUUGUGACAGUGAGGACGGGUUCAGUGCCUUUGUCCCAGAGCAUGGACGCUCUGGAAUCACCCAGAGACACCUGACCUUGGAGAGGCCCUCAAGCCCUGGGAACCUUCUUUGGAGGGAAAUGUCUACUUUUCUCCCAGGGAUGUUUCAGAGAUUGGGCCAUGCGGCUCCUCCCGCUGGCUGCAAACGUGCGCCUUCCGCCUGCUCCCCCGUCCCCCUGCGUGGACCACUUUCCUGGUCCCCCCCUGUGUCCAUCGACGGGCCUGGCUGUGGCCUGUCCAUUCUCCUUCGACCCCACAAAGCCUUGCUGCCAGUCCUGGGGAGGGGGGGGCCACUGCUGGGCUUGCGGAGUCGGGUCGUGUGCUUAUGCAGAAAUGGUCUCUGGCUGCACUUGAAAUAAAACCCAACGCACCAGGGGCUGUGGCUCCUGCUUUGUGCGGCGCCUCCCCUGCCUGUGGACUGUGG